CGCUGCCCCAAGAUGGAUUCCGCAGUGGACAUGGCCGAUAGCUCUCGAGCGCUGGAUCUGGCGCGCAUUCGCUUCCAGCUCAUCCGACUCGAAGACACAAUCACCUACCAUCUCAUUGAGAGAGUGCAGUUUCCUCUGAACAAGACAAUCUACACACCUGGCGCCCUUCCCAUCCCCGACAGCGGCCUGAGCUUCUUCGACUGGUACUUUUUCCAGCAGGAGAAGCUGCAAUCCCUUAUCCGCCGCUUCGAAUCGCCCGACGAAUACGCCUUCUUCCCAGAGGCUGUCCAGAAGCCCAUGCUGAAGCCUCUCAACUACCCCAAGAUCUUACACAACAACGACGUAUGCGUCAACGACAAGAUUAAGAAAUUCUAUAUUGAAAAGUUUCUACCAAAGGUGUGCCCCAACUUUGGCCGCGAGGAUCGAGGAGAGUCACAGGAAAACUACGGCUCUACAUCUACCUGCGACAUUGCCUGUCUGCAGGCCCUGUCUAGGAGAAUUCACUUUGGCAAAUUUGUCGCCGAGUCCAAGUUCCAGUCGGACCCUGAGCUCUACACGCAGCUCAUCAAGGACGAGAACCGGGAGGCCAUUGGCGAGUCCAUCACCAACAGAGCCGUCGAGGAGCAGGUCCUCGCUCGUCUUCGUCUCAAGGCCGAGACGUACGGCAAGGACCCGUCGAUGCUGGGAGGCGUGGAACAGCCCGUCAAGAUCGACGUGGACGCGGUGGUGUCCAUGUACCGAGAUUUUGUCAUUCCCUUGACCAAGGAGGUUGAGGUUGAGUACUUGAUGCAGAGGCUUCUACCAGAGGCGUAGAGCAAUUCACAUCAUCUAUUGCGGCGCAGCUAUAUAGUCACCCACGGCCUUGACGGCCUCCUUGAAUUUACUUGCCUCAAUGAGGAUCAUAUGUCCAAAUGUCUUGAUGCCCAUUUCUUGAAACGCCCGCUUGCUGUCUGCCACCGCAUCGUCCUCUUUUGUGUACCGGAAGCUGCCGUGUGCUACGGCGUAUUUUUGUAGAAUCUCAUCCUCGGGGUGGAAGUGGUAAGUCGCAGCCUCUUCCUUGGCCUUUUUGCGUUUUCGGUCCUCCACGUCCAGCGUCGACUCUACCUCCUGGUAUGUCCUGGAGUAGAUGAGGUAGUAGGAGAAUUCGUACGGCUCCUUGUCCUCUACUGCGUCCUCCACCUCUUCAAUGAGCAUUGUGUACAGCGGCGGCGCAAUUUCAGAGGGCAUGUUGAUGAGUCGCUCUGAAAAGACGAGUCCCACGGGCUUUUGUGUGGUGAUGAGCUCGGCAACGGCCGAUAUUGAGGGGUUGGUCUGUGCCUUGUCCACGAUGUACUUGAGAAUGUCCUUCAUGGGCUCCUUUUCGCGGUGCUCGUAUGUGUUGAGGACCGUGAGCAUGGCGUAGGCAUCGUUGGCCUUGCCGUCAACCUUGACAGUCGAGCCAAUCGUUGGUUGUGACAGGAUCAGGUCUGAAAGCGCAGACAUGUUGAAGAGGUUGGCGUCGACAUCGAACAGCUGCCGAAGCAGUGAUUUUGUGCCGUGGAAAUCAAUCUCGGGGUCGAAGUUGAACCAUUCAAAAUCCACAUUGACCAUGUCAAAGUCCUCAUCAUCGCUGCUGUCCUCGUCCAUUCGCUCAGCACCACCAUCUGCGGGCGGCACAUCCUUUGCCUCCUCCCUUGAUCUCUUCUUGCCCAUUGUGACUAUGAGUAUCUGAUUUCCCUUUGCGAUUGAUGGAUCGUAUCUG